CCAUUUCAAUCGCACAAACACACUUUGUCGGGUCGGGUCAAGAGACGAUGGCGACUGUCACGACGCAAGCCUCGGCAGCGGUUUUCCCACCAUGCGCCUCCAAACCGAGAUUCCGCACCGGUUCUUCCGGUAAAUUGAACCGGGCAUUGUUGGUUAAACCGGCCGGUUCUUCCACUAAAUCGGCAUCGUUCAAGGUUGAAGCCAAGAAAGGAGAAUGGUUGCCCGGUCUGGCCACUCCGGCUUACCUCAACGGCAGGCUGAUGAUCAAACUCUCCCUCAUCAUCAUCUUCUUCUCCGAAGGAUUGGUGAGGUUCAUCAAGAACAGGUUGUUCAGUCUUCCCGGAGACAAUGGGUUUGACCCUCUGGCUCUGGCGGAGGAUCCGGAGAACUUUAGAUGGUUCGUGCAAGCAGAGCUCGUCAAUGGACGGUGGGCGAUGCUCGGCGUGGCUGGAAUGCUUCUCCCCGAGGUCUUCACCAAGAUCGGAAUCAUAAGCGUUCCGGAAUGGUACGACGCGGGAAAAGGGGAAUACUUUGCGUCGUCGUCUACAUUGUUCGUGAUAGAGUUUAUACUGUUCCAUUACGUGGAGAUAAGGAGGUGGCAGGACAUAAAGAACCCGGGGAGCGUGAAUCAAGAUCCGAUCUUCAAGCAAUACAGCUUGCCUCCUAAUGAAGUGGGUUACCCUGGUGGCAUCUUCAACCCUCUUAACUUCGCCCCCACCCUCGAGGCCAAGGAGAAGGAGCUCGCUAAUGGGAGGUUGGCGAUGUUGGCAUUUCUAGGGUUCGUGGUUCAACACAACGUGACGGGGAAAGGGCCGUUUGAGAAUCUGCUGCAGCACUUGUCUGAUCCAUGGCACAACACCAUUAUCCAAACCUUCAGAGGCUGAGACAUAUAUAUAUAUAUAUAUAGCUUCCAAUCUCUCUCUCUCAAGAUAUUUCUAUUCACGAGCUUUUCCGCUUUACAUUUCUUGAAUUCUUGAGCAUGAGAUGGAUGUAUAUAGGAACCGCGUACAUUGAUCAA